AUGGCAGCUGUAAAGAAGAGCGAUAAACAGCUUGGUGGUCUCGAUACGCUGUUUCUCAAGGUGGAGCACCCUCGUCGCUUGAUGACUGUCACCUCCAUUUGGACAUUUAAGCAACGUCUGGACCAAAAACAAGUGUACAAAAUGCUUGAAAAACUAUGUGAAGAAUACCCAAGAUUUGCAAGGACACCCGCCCAUGAAGGCUUCUUUAGAUCUGCUUCUUGGGUAGAACCUGUUGGCUGGCAGUUUCAAGAUAACAUUGUGACACACACCUUGGAGGAACCCACUAAAAAAGCACUUCAGAAAUACUGCGCUGAACAGGUUGUUACACCAUUUGACUACACUAAACCUCUUUGGGAGCUCCAUGCCAUAUCUGGACUGGAAGAUGAUCGAUACGCAUUUUUCUGGAAAGCACAUCACGCAUUGGCAGAUGGUGAAGGGUUCAUCAGGAGUCUGUUGAGUACAACUUCCCUUGGCGCAACACUCAAAAAAUUGGAAGAGCAGUCUAUAGUGUCCCAUCGUCGCAAGAAGGAGAAAACCAGCAUCACCAAAAAUGAUACCAACAAACCAGAAUCCAUUUGGCAAAAGUUACCUGCAAACAUUUCCGCUGUCCUGAGCUUUAUUUGGCUCAUCCUGUACCAAAUCUAUGUCUAUAGUGUUGUCACUAUCCACGAUUUAUACUGCAUCAUGUUGUGUAUGCUGCCUGUUACUCGCAAAGAUUUGUACUAUAGGGGUUUGCAAUCGCAUGAAAAAGAAAUGGCCUGGUCGGAUGAUGUGAGUAUCAAGGAUAUCAAGAUUGUUCGUGAAGCUUUUGGCGGAACUCUGAAUGAUGUGAUGUUGGUGGUUAUCACAAGAUGCUUGAAGAGCUAUUUGGAGAGUAUUGGCAAGAGAGAUGACAACUAUAUUAGCUUUAUCAUUCCUGUUUCUUUACGUAAACCUAGUGAUUGGAGCUUCCAAAACGUCGUUAGUGGAUCAUGGGGCUUCUUUUCGAUGAAAGAUCUCGACACAAGAAAUCUUUUAAAGCAAGUGCAAACCGAGAUGUUGGCUAUCAAAAAUUCUUAUGGUCCACGUAUGUUGUAUGAGACAUGGCAAUGGUUCCUUAGUCAUGCUCCUGGGCUCUGUCCACCUAUGAGUGUAUAUAACCAUGUGUGUGAUAUUCCUCAUGGUGUCUUUACAAAUGUGCCUGGUCCAACUGUGCCGAUUCAAUUUGCUGGUGAAGAAAUUCAAGAAUAUCGCACAUUCCCUCCUCAAAGCGGGAAAGGUUCCAUCGGCAUGGCUCUUAUAUCUUACUCUGGCAAAAUCAGUGUUGGUGCUAUUGCAGACAUUCAUCCUGAUUAUCCUCAAGUGGCCAACGGCGUCUGCAGUCGUUUUGCAGAGGAGUUCCAGCUUAUUCUUGACGAAGCAAAAAUGGAAAUUUCUAAAAAGAAUGCGAACUUGACCCUGCGCGAAAAGAAAGACAAAUAA